AGAGACGACAUUUAACAUUUGCAACUCGAAAGAUAUUGCUGUGAUAUAGCAAAUAUCAAAAUUAUCUAAGAAUAUAAUUGAAACCAUGAAUAAGAAGGGAACAUAUAAACCAUGUGCGGGUAUCGACUCGGGAGAUGAAAUCGUAAUUUCUGGCAUUGCUGGUAGAUUUCCAAAUUCAGACAACAUGAAUCAGUUACGAGAAAAUCUAUUCAAUAAAGUUGAUCUCGUUAAAGCGGAUCAUGGUCGUUGGAAAGCAGAACAUCCGGGCAUACCAAAGCGUAUGGGAACAAUCAACAAUCUGCAAAAAUUUGAUGCAGAUUUCUUUAGAUUCUCUUUCGAGCAAGCAUACGCAUGUGAUCCAAUGAUAAGAAUAUUAUUGGAGCAUUCUUAUGAAGCUAUUAUCGAUGCGGGAAUUAACCCAAACCAGUUACGAGGAAAAAAUACUGCAGUCAUCGUAGCGAUAUCUUUUGUUGAAACACAAGAGAAACUUCUAAGUACGGAUCUACAGAUAACGUACAAAUUUACGUUGGAUGCUUAA